AUGACCGUUACUGUAGUUUCGAAGAAAAGAAAAUGCGGGCCUAAGACGAGAAGCGGCUGUCAGACUUGCAAAAUAAGACGAAUAAAAUGCGAUGAGACGAAGCCUAGCUGCCUACGAUGCUCGAAGACCGGACGAAAUUGCGAUGGCUACGGCCUUGAGCCUGCCUUAAAACCUUUGGACAACAGGCGCCUGGGAGUCAUCCAGCGGUUAUACACACACACGCCAGGAAAUGGCCAAGAGAAACGGGCAUUCCAAUACUUCAUCAAUCGAACAGCAGUAGAACUGUCCGGCUUCUACAGCAGUUCAUUCUGGGAGCAGCUCAUAUUGCAAGCAAGCACUGCAGAACCGGCUUUACGACAUGCGGUAAUCGGGAUUGGGGCUUUGCACGAGGAAUACAUCAAUGGGACACUGAAGUAUGAUGUCAACGAAAGCAAUCCUACCUUUGCAGUCUCCCAGUAUACCAAAGCGAUUGGGCACCUACGGAAGUCUCUUGCCAAUGAAAAGCAAGACCCAUUGACAGCAUUGAUGUCGUGCAUACUUUUCGUAUGUUUCGACAGUCUGCGGGGCUUUUUCACCUCCGCAAUGGUUCAUCUGCACAGUGGGCUAAAGAUCCUCCGUGACUUGCGAUUUGAAUCUGCGGCCCAGAGCGACAUGGUCGAAGAAAGUCUCGGGCCUCUGUUCAAUCGGCUUAGUCUCCAGUCCAUAUUAUACGUUGACACAAGAACAACUGAGAUUCGACGAGAUUUCGUGUCUCGGUUAUCAUAUGUCAGAUCCAAGGAUGAGGAUGUACCUGAAAUAUUUGAGACAUUGGAAGAUGCGCGGACGUGUCUGAAUCAAGCAGCAGAUGGCCUUUUCAGAGUGUUCUAUCUUUGCGAUGGGGAGCUGCCUAUCAGUCAACAACCUCCUGAGUCUUACGUGAUGUUUGACAUAUACUACACCAAACUUCAUGCUUGGAAUCCCGCCUUCGAAAAAUUCAUGGCGGCCAAGUCCAAAUUCCUAAACGGCAGAGAGCUUCGUGGGGCCGCAGUCCUCAAAAUACACGCAACAAUCGUGAAGAUUAUGGCAGAAGCUUCACCUGGUCCUGGCGACGAUCGACCUAUCGGCGAAGCGAUCAACGCCUCUACUACCUUUGAACCUUUAACAAACGAUUUCCGGAUUGUGGUUACAUUAUGCAAAUCUAUAAUUGCUGCAACAGAGCAAGAUGUCCAACUUGGAAAGCCGGCCCUAAAUUUCUCUACGGAUCUUGGGAUAGUUGGCCCGCUCUACUAUGUGGCCUGUCGAUGUCGUGAUCACCCCCUACGCAACCAAGCCUUGGACUUGUUGACUCGAUGUCCGAGACGGGAAGGAAUGUGGGACAGCGAGGUUGGGGUAAGAAUGAUCAAGGAAUACUGGGCCAUCGAGGAACGGCAUAUGGCCUUCCAGAAAGAUAGUGCACAAGAGCUCGGGAUAAGCAUUCCGCUUAGUGAGGUUGUGGAUCUAGUGUUUACGGAUGGGAUGCGGUGGGAGUGGGUUUGGAAGAAUCCGCUAGAACCCCCAACUAUGGUUAGGGAGAGCAGUAUGGAUACUGUCAGUACGUCAAGUGUCAGUACGCCCGGGGGAGGCUGGGCGGACAUGGUGAGAUCCGGGAGGUCUUAUGGCUCAAUCAGAAAAGACACUGGUGUGAGAUCAUCUACACCCUCUACCUUCUAUUUCUUCAAGCAUGACCGGAAUUUUUUACAACCACCUUAG